AUGGCGGCUGUCGCUGCAACAGCCGAUAUGACGAUUCAAAAGAAUUCACAAAUAUUAGUGCAUGUCGAAGAAGCUUUGGCCGAUUUAAUUGUGGUUUCCUACAGUUCUGAAAAUAAGAAAUUUCAAGGUGUACUCUUGGACUCCAACAAAGGUAAUUUACCUUUUGGAGUAUACAGUCUCAAUCCAGCGUUUUCGAAAUCAACUUCAUCCACCGAUAAUACCGGUGAUAAGCUACAUUCCGCUAGUCAAAGAUUCACAUACCAAGAGCCUCAGUAUGCGACCGAAAAUCCGCACAAGCCUAAAAAGAAUGGGCCCAAGGCUAAACCGCAGCAGAAGCAAAAGAUGACGGUUCGAUUGAGACCGCGGAAGGUCUUGUGCUCCAACUGCAAAGGUAUCUGUAAUGAGAACAGCGAAAACGUGGACGUGUCCAAGAAACGGAAGCUCGACUCCGAUGACGACACUGCCCACGAUAACAUCGAAUCAACAAAUUCCAGGAAAAAGUAUCUCGAAGGCAACUCGCUUAUACCAAGAAUAUCGCGUCUGCAACCGAGUGAGAUUUCUAAUGCCAUAAAAGGGUCCUCUAAAAACUCUAAUAAGACUAGUGAAAAGUCGAGUGUCAAGGUUGUAAGUUCACAUUAUAGCCCUACAAAAGAAAUGGCGUUUGUUAGCGUGUCUAGUGACGGUGAGAGUAAAGAUCCCAAGGACCCUUCAUUCACAUCCAUGUUCCAGAGUGCAAGAACUUUAAAAAUAUGUUUUGGUGAAGGUGAAGGCACUGUAGUCAAAAUACCGCCCAUUACAGGGGACUACAAUGAAGAUUCUGGUGUAUCAUGUGACAUGGCUAAACCUUCAAAACCAGAUCUAAAAGCUGCCAAAAAAGCAUUGAAAAAAGCUAAAAAACAAGCCAAGAAAAACACCAUUACUAUCAAGACCGUAGUAAGGAGGUCACCUAAACAUAUUGGAGCUCUGUCUCCCCGGAACAAUGUGUCCAAUAGCCCUCACCCUACAGUGGAUCCAUUAGAAAAGAAACAAAAACACAAGGCAAAACAUAAAAAGAAACACAAGUUCCAAAAGACCAGGGAUGAAAAUGUUACUGAAAGUGAGUCUAUUAAUUACUUUAGUGAUAUUAAAGAGCACUGCCUAAAACAGAAGCUGUCUAUAAGUCUGAGAAGGUUGAGUAGUAAUUCCUAUGAGAGACGGAACGAGCAGGAUAUUGCAGAGAGUGGUUCGGACGAUUGGGAAAGUGAUUUGGUACCGAAUUUCCCGGCUACCGAGAUGGAAGGUGCCGGGGCAAGACUGGUGGGUGUAGCACCUGGUGAUAUUGUCUGGGGUAAAGUGGUAGGGUUUCCAUGGUGGCCCGGGAGAGUGCUAAGCGUAACACCAACAGCUAGAGCCCAUGUUGCAUGGUUUGCUUCGACAACAUCAUCACUAAUGCCAUGUGACAGUUUGAGUCCAUUUUUAGAGGAUUUCAAGAUGCGCUUCAACAAAAAGAAAAGAGGUGCUUACAAAGAGGCUGUAAAAAUGGCUACAAUAGAAGCAAAGAUGAAUGAAUCUUCGCAGGAUCCUUUGGCGAGCCCUACGCAGUCCAACCUAGUAAACCAAUCCCCAAAGCCUAUAGAUGUUUUCUCGUAAAAUUGUGAUGGUAUGGUGUACUGCCAAAAUUCAAUGUAUGUGAUAUUUUUAUUGUACUGCACAAAAUUGGUAAGUUAUAAGUUUGACUGCAGUAAUGUAAAAUACUGAUCCGGCAGGCAUUUGUGGUCGCGCGAUAAAUGAUAAAGUAUCUGGCCUGUCCUUAUCAUACUUACAAAUAGUGCGAUAGGGACGGCCUGAUGCCGCGCGACCAUGCUUGCCCGCCUGUUUUUUUUGAACUGUCAGGCACUUAUUUCACCUUGAUUGUCAUGACAAUGAUAUUUCUCUGUAUAUUUCUAUGUUUUUUGGUAUUGUAUGUACCAACACCUUUCUAAACAUAUAAAAUUUACUUUUUGGACCAGCAAUGUAUGGUGAAAUUAUCUGUAUGUCAGAUGAUAAUUAUCAUGUUGAUGAAACAGGUGCCAGGUUUUCUUAACCAUUUGAUAUUUGUUUCACUUUGAUAUGACUUUCGGAAAUCUAUUUGUUUAAAUAUCAUAAAACAUAUUGUUAAAAAAGAUUAAGUUAGAAUUUUCCUACACUGUUUUAACUGUGUUACUAUUUAAUUUAUAAAUAUGUACGAUAUUUCUGUACAGUUUAUUAUAUAUUGACUGUACAAUCAGCAUCAAAUGUGCUGACAGGCAAAAUGCAAAAUAUAUUGUAACAUAGGAUUGUUAUGUUACCAUACAAAUAAGUAUGUGUACCGGUAUAUUUGGCACUUUAGCUGUCACAGAAUAUUCAAUGCUGA